AUGUCGCUUCUCAAUGAUAAAGACUUUGAAGAGCUGGUACCCGCCUCCUUGAAUCUCUUUACUUUACCACCAUAUCAGACAAGCAUCUAUCAACAUUAUUUUGUAGAUGUACGCCCACUUAGUCAAAUUAACAAUUCUUCUCCACUGGAAUUUCAAGUAUCCAAUUCAGGAAGUGAUUACAUCGAUCUGAAACGCAGCCGCUUACACGUGACCCUCAAGGUGAAACAUGCUGACGACACAGUCUUGGAUGCAGAUGAGCACAUUGCGCCUGUGAACUUGUUUUUGCAGUCACUAUUUUCUCAGGUAUCAGUCUAUCUCCAGAGUCAAUUGGUGUCUUCAACUAACAAUCAUUAUGCUUACAAGAGCAUAAUGAAAACACUACUCAACUAUGGAUUAGAAGCCAAAUCCACCCAGCUGUCAUCUCAACUGUUUUACAAAGAUAUGGCUGAAGUCAAUGAUGACAUGGAAUCAACCGAUCCCAUCACUGGCAGUAAUUCAGGUCUGGGUACACGUGCCAGCUUCAUUCAAAAGAGUAAAGUUUUGACCAUGUCGGGACCUCUGUACGAAGAUAUCUUUAAUAUGAACAGACACUUGAUCAAUGGAGUGGACCUGACUUUGAAAUUGUACAGAUCAGCGCCUAAGUUCUGUUUAAUGAGUGGAGCAUCAGGGAAAGAGUACACUAUUGAGCUGCUGGAUGCCUAUCUCAAAGUGUGUAAACUCAAAGUCAACCCAGCACUGAUUUUGGCUCACAACACUCUGUUCCAAAACUCCAAUGCUCUGUACCCAUACACCAAGAGCGAAGUGAAGGUCACCAGCAUUCCCACAACACAGCAGACUCACACCAUCGACAAUGUGUCCAACCCUAUUGCUAGCCGCUACAUCGUGGGGUUUGUAGAAAGUGAUAGUUUGAAUGGAAAAUACACUGGUAAUCCCUUCAACUUUCAAUCAAGUAUGCUGAAAACCAUCAGUCUCUAUGUAGAUGGUGUCAGUGUGCCUGGACGUCCCACUCAAGCAGACGACAUUGACAGCUAUGUUAACAUAUUUGAUGGUAUGGAUCUAUGGGGAAAAGAUAAGGGAAACAAUAUUUCUAGAAGCGAGUUUUUACUGGGAAGUGGACUCUUUGUCUUUGAAAUUGACAUGGUGUGUGCCGAAUCAGAGUACCUCAAUCUGGUGAAAUCAGGGAGCGUCAGGCUGGAGAUCGAGUUCAAAUCUGCACUCACCAAAACGCUGAGUUGUGUCAUACUCAGUGAAAGAAACUCCAUCAUAGAAAUCGACAAGACUAGAAACGUGUUUAUCAAGUAA